GAAUUCAUAAAAAUUUCAAGUCCGCAUAUCCCCAGACUCCACCUUGCUGACACACUCCACCCGACACGCACAGACGCUCAGCGAUCACCUCUCUCUCUCACUCACUCGGAGCUCGAGAGGAGACCCUUUUUCCUUGUAAGAAGAGAGACGUUGGGAAAAAGAGUGGUACAUUUACUCAGCAGCAAAAAGUUAAAAUCAAGCAUUGAGUUUUGAGAGUCAAUUAUUUAAAACCUUGUGGAGUUUUGAAUCGUCUUUACCUUUCUCUACGCUUACAUAGCAACUGGGUUUCAAAUGGGGAGCGCGUUUCUCUUCGCAACUCUUCAGCUGCUUACGCUCUUUGGCGUAUGCAGAGGUGGUAAAAUCGGAAUAUGCUAUGGGAGAAAUGCAGAUGAUCUACCCACCCCGGAUAAAGCUGUGCAGCUGAUCAAACUUCACAAUAUCAAAUAUGUAAGGAUAUACGACUCCAAUAUCCAAGUCCUCAAGACAUUCGCAAAUACAGGAAUUGAGCUCAUGAUUGGGAUUCCCAACGCCGACUUGCUAGCCUUCUCUCAGUUCCAAUCCAAUGCUGAUACAUGGUUGAAAAACAGCAUUCUCCCAUACUAUCCGGCCACAAGAAUCACUUACAUAACUGUUGGUGCUGAAGUAACCGAAGCUCCCAGUAACAUCUCUGCUAUGGUAGUUCCUGCAAUGCAAAAUGUCCUAACUUCUCUCAAGAAAGCCGGGCUUCAUAAGAAGAUUAAAGUCUCGAGCACUCAUUCCUUGGGUGUUUUGUCCCGCUCGUUCCCACCUUCUGCAGGGGCUUUCAGCAGUAAAUUUGCUUUGUUUCUGAAACCGAUGUUGGAAUUUCUGGCUGAGAAUCAGUCUCCCUUUAUGGUUAAUAUAUACCCUUACUAUGCCUAUAGAGACUCCUCGAGCAAUGUGUCCCUCGACUAUGCUCUUUUUGAGUCCUCGUCUGAAGUUAUUGAUCCAAACACCGGAUUGUUAUACACAAAUAUGUUUGAUGCUCAGAUUGAUGCAAUCAACUUUGCACUCAUGGCUUUGAAUUUCCGAACUAUUCAGAUUAUGGUUACCGAGACAGGAUGGCCUUCUAAAGGAUCCCCUAAGGAGACUGCUGCCACUCCAGAUAACGCGCAAACAUACAACACGAAUCUGAUCCGUCAUCUCAUCAAUGACACCGGAACUCCUGCGAAGCCAGGAGGGGAGAUAGAUACGUACAUCUUCUCAUUGUUCAAUGAGAAUAGGAAGCCUGGUUUGGAAUCAGAGAGAAAUUGGGGCCUGUUUUUUCCUGACCAGACAAGCGUGUACAAUCUGGAUUUCACUGGGAAAAGUACUGUGGAUAUCAAUCCGGACACAAACGUGACAGCCAGUUCAAACGGGACGUGGUGCAUUGCAUCAGCCAAUGCCUCGGAACCUGAUCUUAGGAAUGGUCUAGAUUGGGCCUGUGGUUCUGGAAACGUUGACUGCUCGGCUAUUCAGCCGAGUCAGCCUUGCUUCGAGCCUGAUAACUUGGUAUCUCAUGCUUCUUAUGCCUUCAACAGUUACUACCAGCAGAAUGGGGCUACAGAUAUCGCUUGCAGUUUUGGCGGAGCAGGAGUCAGAAUGAACCAGAACCCGAGUUAUGACAACUGCCUCUACAUGACACUAGGGGCCAACAAAACUGCGGCCGCAAAUGCAACAGCGAACCCUUCAGCAAAAGCAUCGUCGUCCUAUGUGCAAGAAGCCUCAAUGCUGCUCCUUGGCUACUCGUUGAUGGCUUCAUUCGUGUUGCUGUAAGAUUCGUGCUAGUAUCUUGGUUGGCGGAAAAAAUUGUCUCAAGCAUGGUUUCCCAAGGGCGUUCAAUUAUUUUGUUGUAUCAUAAUUUUCAAGGAAUUUCCUCUCCCUCUUGUAGUUGUAGAUCAUCUUGGAUCAUGUAUGUGACAAGACACCCUUGUAGUUGUAGAUCAUCUUGGAUGUUUUAGACA